UUAUGGCCGUGUAGCGGACUGCCUUCUAGUUUACAAGCGGAAGCGAAUGUCGAAGUUAGCGGUGGUUGGCCGAGGCGGUGACAGUUGGAUCCCGGAGACGGGUAGAUGCUUCCCAGUGGGGCGAGAAUGCUGAAGGUGGCGGCUGGGCUGCUCGCGGCCGCUCUGGUCGCGCUGCUACUGGACUGGUACAGCCCCUCGGGACCCCCGCAACAGCUUCUCCAAGGCCGCUCCUUUGCCCCCGAGCCGGCGCCGGGUGCUGAGGCGAACAAUCUCUUCUGGCUAGUUCAGGUAUCAGAUCUACAUAUCAGUCAGUUUAGGGGUCCCAGUCGAUCCUCUGAUUUUGAAAAGUUCUGUACUGAAACCAUUGAUAUAAUUCAACCAGCUCUUGUUUUAGUAACAGGUGACUUGACUGAUGCCAAAGCAAAGGAUGACAUUGGCUCUGAUCAGAUAGAGGUGGAGUGGCAAACUUACCAGACAGUUCUGAAGAGGUCUAAGGUCAUGGAAAAAACCAAAUGGAUCGACAUUAAAGGGAAUCAUGAUUCAUUCAACAUUCCAAGCCUGGACAGUGUCAAGAAUUACUAUAGGAAAUACUCUGCAUGGCAUAAGGAUGGCUCCUUCCAUUACAUCCACCACACAUCUUUUGGCAAAUACUCUUUCAUCUGUGCUGAUGCAACCCUUGUUCCAGGUCCCAAGAGACCCUUCAAUUUCUUUGGGAUUUUAAAUGCGAAUCAAAUGGAAGAGCUGUCUUUGCUGGCUACAGAAAGUCAUGACAGUAACCACACCAUCUGGUUUGGUCACUAUCCCACUUCGACAAUCAUCUCUCCAUCACCAGGAAUAAGGAUGGUUAUGAGAUCUGCUACAGCCUAUUUAUGUGGACACCUCCACACCCUGGGUGGUCUGAUGCCAGUCCUACAUACUCAGCACCAUCAUGGCACUCUAGAACUGGAGCUGGGAGACUGGAAAAAUAAUCGGAAGUUCAGGAUUCUUGCUUUUGAUCAUGAUCUCUUCAGUUUUGCUGACGUGAAUUUUGAAGAAUGGCCUGUAGUUCUUGUCACCAAUCCCAAGCCAUCCCUUUAUAGUAGCUCUGCUCAUGAACCGCUACAGAGAAUCCUUCAUUCUACCCACAUCAGAAUUUUGGCCUUCUCUCCUUCUCCCAUCAAAUGUGUCAAGGUCAGUAUUGAUGGCAUCCAUCUUGGUGAGGCUUUUCAGGUGUCUGGACCUCUCUAUGUACUGAAAUGGAGCCCCCAAAGCUAUAGUCAAGGAUUUCAUCAAAUAAAUGUGACAGUUCAGGAUGACACUGGUAAAAGUACUACUCAGCAUCAUUCAUUUACUAUGGAAGAAAACCUUUCUCUUAAGUUUGGCCUCUUAUCAUCUUGGAUUCUUCUUGCUGAUCACUAUAUAUGGGUUCGAGUAGUAUUUGCACUGAUGGUUAUCAUCCAAAUUGCCUUUCUGAUUAUAUUCCGGUAUUUAGGAAGGCCAUUGCUUAAAGGACCUCUCACAAGGGCAAUGCAGACCUCUCUUUCACUUCAUAUCCUGAGCAAAACAAACUUCUUCUAUUACUUCUUUUUGCUGCUGAGUUUGUAUACUGUUUUAGGUCCCUGGUUUAUUGGUGAGAUGAUAGAUGGUCACAUGGGCGCCUGCUUUUCUUUUGGGAUAAUAGUAGAUGGCCAUUUCUUUCAAGGAAGUCUAACAUUCCUAAUUGGGAUUUUGCAGGUGAUGUUUUUCAACAUACCUUUGAUGGCAUAUCUCUGUUGGUGCCUGCUUCUGCGUUGCCAAGGAAACUGCUUUGGCUCCCACCUGUAUAAUGUUAAACGAUAUCAUUCUGUGCCUGUCCACCUAACCAUGGUGGUCCUAUUUUUCUGGCAAGUCUACUCCUGCUUUUUCCUGCUGCAGACCUAUGGAGCUAUGGCUUUCUUCCUGUCUCCACUGAGGACUUGGAUUGUUGGCCUAACUCUCUUUGUGGUCUAUAGAAGCUGGACAAUGAAGUCUUCUACUCUGAGAAUCUUUACUGCGCAAAUGAAGAACAAUCAAAGUUCUUAAUGACUCUUUCUCAGGGGGAUCAAGUACUCUUUCACUUAGACUGUUAAGUGGUGAAGCUGUGAGGUGCAGUUUGUAUGACUAAUGUCCAUGCAAUCUGAAUAACUGAAUGUAAAGGUUUGGAGAUUUCCCUCCCCCCCCCCUUACAGUGCCUGCCUCAGGAGUUGAUUGUAUUUGUUGAUGGAAUCUGUUCUGAAUUGCUGUUAUAUAAUGCGAAAUGAAGUUCAAGAGUAGAACUUGAUACUGUAUUGUGAUGGUUUCUACUUUUCUAUGUUCAUAAAAUGCUGUAGACAUAAACCCAGAAGCACUUAGUGUUUAAUUUUGGACAGUAUGGAGGACAAAGUGGUCAGUAAUAAGUAUGCCUGCAAUCUAGUGUUGUAAAUCUGGCAUAUCACACACACACCCCUUCAGAGCAGCAGAUACCUCACACCAACACUGGAAAAUGGUUUUGAAAUUCAGUUUCCAGAAUGAUUGCUAUAUAGCAUUGGUGGCUAACAGAAAAACACAAGCCCAAUUCCCACAGGGUAUGCUGAGUUAUUUGCACAGUUCUCUGGCUUGUGGUCUGUCUUAAAUAUCUCAUGAUGUUAAAUUUUUAUUUUUCAAAUGUUGUAUAUCACUGACUGGCAGGGAUGAAAGUAAUUUAAGUUUCUUACUGGAAAUUUAUUUAUUUAAUUAUAUUUAUACCCCGCCCUCCCCACGAACGGGCUCAGGGCGGCUGUCUCUGUAUCGGCAGCUUGAAGCACGAUAUGGGAGAUACUACUUUGGCCAGUUUGGUACCAAUACUCCAUAUUGGCCUGUACCCAUAUGUUUUCAUCCCUGGUGCCUGCCAAACUGUGGAGUGUGCCAUAUAUGAAGUCAUUACUAUGAGAGGGUAGUAUCUACUUUUAUAGAGUCUUGGAUGCUGUGUGCAUGCACAAAAAUGGCAGUCAAUGUCAAGUUCUCCUGUUCCGUACCAUGUAUUACACCUUCAUGCCUUGAUGCCAGUCCACGUUACCUCUAGGUUUCAGUCCAGAGUUUUCUUCUACCUGUGAAAGGGGGGGAUAUACCAAUGCUAACCCUUUAAGCCACAUUUCAGGAAUUAUGUGAUGGAUGAAUCUAUUCUGCAAGGAGAGUUCCACCUGUAGUUCUUUGGAUGAAAUCCCUAGUGUAUGUACUCUGCAUCCAAUAGGGUACAGAAGCAAGCC